AUGAGUCAAACAUCGUUGAAACAGAAAAGGAAGAAUGAGACCGGAAUGCGAUACUCAAAAGACAGUCUAGAUGCAGAUAAAAGAAGGGAAUCUGAUAAACCGGGACCUGAUAAAUCAGCUCGACUGAGCACACAGAUGAGGCGUGCAGUCAAUCCGAAUCACUUGCUGAGAUGUUGUCCCAUGCGGUGUCACCCGUCGUGUAGACGCUGCCUUUGUGCAGUUGAGGGAACUAGCCCCUGCCACACUAUGCGUAUUUAUAUUCACAUGUGCCUGUUGUGGGAGCAGGGCCGGCAGAUCACCAUGAUCAGGGGCUCCCAAGAAUUAUCAAUGCCAAAGACAGAGUCUGGAGGGUACCACGUGCGCAAUCAAUGGUCCCGAUCACCACGGAGCCCAUCCAACGGGGCUCCAGUAGAUGAUCCCAGAAGCAGGAACAACAAUACUAAGGUACAGCUAGAUGAAAGGGAGAUAAAAGAUCGCGUUUCUGGCGCCGAGAAACGCCUGCCUCUCGGAAGCUCUGUGGAUGACACCCAGGAUCCAGACCCGCGCGCGGGGGUGUGGGGCGAGCUCCCCCCGUGGAAGUCCUACGCCCAGCGCCGCCUGCUCUACCCCUCCGUGGACAUCGACCGCGACUGCCUGUCCGACCUGCAGCAGCAGCAGCGCCGCCAGCAGCAGCGCGAGGAGGAGGAGGAGGACGAGGCCUACUGGGCCUCGGUGAGGUCUCAGUACGAGAAGACCCCCAGCUGCUCACGACCCCGACCGCCCAAACCCAAGCAUGCCAUCACCAUCGCCGUGUCCUCCCGGGCGCUCUUCAACAUGGUGGACGACCGGAGAAUCUACGAGGAGGAAGGGCUGGAGAAGUACAUGGAGCACCAGCUUACUAACGAGAACGUCGUGCUGACCCCGGGGCCCGCGUUUCGCUUCGUCAAGGCAUUACAGCAUGUCAACUCAAGGCUCCGUGAUCUGUAUCCUAAUGAACAGGACUUAUUUGAUAUUGUGCUGAUGACUAAUAACCAUGCCCAAGUGGGAGUGCGGCUUAUAAACAGUGUCAAUCACUAUGGUUUACUUAUUGACCGCUUCUGUUUGACUGGUGGAAAAAGCCCCAUUGGCUAUUUGAAGGCAUAUCUUACCAACUUAUAUCUUUCUGCAGAUUCUGAAAAAGUACAAGAAGCAAUCCAAGAAGGUAUUGCCUCUGCAACAAUGUUUGAUGGAGCCAAAGACGUGGCUUAUUGUGAUACACAGCUCCGUGUGGCCUUUGACGGGGAUGCCGUCCUCUUCUCUGAUGAGUCUGAAUAUAUUGCCAAGGAGCAUGGGCUGGACAAAUUCUUUCAACAUGAAACACUAUUCGAGAACAAGCCUCUUGCUCAGGGUCCUUUGAAAGGCUUUCUGGAAGAUUUAGGCAGACUGCAAAAGAAGUUUUAUGCCAAAGACGAGCGGUUACUUUGUCCUAUUAGAACCUACCUGGUUACAGCCAGAAGCGCAGCCAGUUCAGGCGCCCGUGUGCUGAAGACCCUUCGACGCUGGGGUCUUGAAAUAGACGAAGCCCUUUUCCUUGCUGGAGCUCCAAAAGGUCCCAUUUUGGUGAAGAUCCGGCCUCACAUCUUCUUUGAUGACCAAAUGUUUCACAUUGAAUCAGCCCAGAAGUUUGGCACCAUCUCAGCUCAUGUACCUUAUGGGAUUAGUCAAAAAUACAACUGUUAGCGACUGGAAGAAGAAAUAAAGCAGUGACAGGCUGGUAUUACCAGUGGUACAUCUUUUGGAUGUCAAGAAUAAUUAGGUGUCAGAAGAUUGGACCUCAUAACUUAGAUCCUCUGUAAAGCUUUUCUCUUCAUUUAUUUGAAAACAUUUUGAAUUGACAAGUUACCACCAAGCUCCUUUUCUAAAAACCAGCAAUGCUAAAUGCAUGCCAUUGUACU